CGUCUCUGUCUCUAUCUCUCUGUCACUCUCCAUCUCUCUGUCUCUCUCUGUUUCUGUCUCUGUCUCUCUCUGUCUCUGUCUCUUUCUCAGAAGAAGAGUAAACCCCUCUGAAUGGCAUUCAAUCUCUCCCCAUCCCGGUGCCCCCAUUACCUUUUGAUCUUUAUCUCAUAAAGCACCCAUCCAUAUACUCUGUACUGCUCAUCAAACUACUUUUUCACCCUGCCUUUGGCCAUCUUCUCCACAGAUUUUUCCCUAGCUCCCCUCCUCAGUGAGAACUUCUAUCUUGGACCUCACAAAGCAUUUUUUGGUACUUCUCCAAUGUGUUUUUCAUGUGAAGCUGUAUUUGUCUGCAUGUCUCCCCCAGCACUUAGCAAAGUGCUGUGGGCAUGGGAAGUGAUUCCUAAAAGAGUGCUUGAAUAGUGAGUUUAGGUUCGGGGCUCUCCCAGGGCAGCAAUUUCUGGACAAAUGACCCUGCACCGGGGCCCCCAAGGUCACAGUGGCGGUUCUCCUCUCAUGAGGGGACGUCCCAGUAUUUCUUCCCAAGUUGCCCUGGGCGCCUCAGCCAACGGCCCCUUCUUAUCUGGGUAGUGCAGCUCUCCUUCUCUCAGCCAGACUGUGACAGUCCCUUGCCUCCAAAUUAAAAAGAGAUACAAACGCCCCAAGUUCUGCUGCUGGGUGCACCAGCCGCCCUGCCAGUAGAGCCCCUACCUCCAAUGGAGUGGUACUAGGAUGACAGUAGCCAACCAGAGAGCCUCAUGCAAAUGAGACUACUGUAUCCCAUCCCAGCUGCUUCAGUGCCGGCUCGUUGUUAUAGUGAUAAAGUGAGGCCUUGCCGCCCUGCGUCUCCUGGAAAGAAGGGGAAGGGAAAAAAAAGCCAAACCACAAAACAACCAAACCCUUCAGUCCCUCCAGGGAAGGAGGCAAGAAGAGGGGGGGUGGGGGAAGUAUGUGACAAAGAAAACAUUUUCCGCCUGGAAGGAGAACAACAGAAGGGGAGAGCGCCGGGAGCAUUCGCUGGCCAUGCCAGUGCUCACCACUGAUGCUGAGUCAGAAACAGACUCUGACCGCACCUGCCCCAUUUGCAGAUGAAACCAGCUGCCAGUGCCAAGCCCCCCAUGAAAAAUUGACCAUUGCUCAGGCCCGCUUGGGAACACCAGUUGACAGACCUGUUAGAGUGUAUGCAGAUGGAAUAUUCGACCUCUUCCACUCUGGCCAUGCUAGAGCACUUAUGCAAGCUAAAACACUAUUUCCCAACAGCUACUUGCUGGUAGGAGUUUGCAGUGAUGACCUCACUCACAAAUUCAAAGGCUUCACAGUAAUGAAUGAAACAGAGAGAUAUGAGGCUCUCAGGCACUGUCGUUAUGUAGAUGAAGUCAUCAGAGAUGCUCCAUGGACACUCACACCAGAGUUCUUAGAAAAACACAAGAUUGAUUUUGUGGCCCAUGAUGACAUUCCGUAUUCCUCUGCUGGUUCUGAUGAUGUUUACAAGCACAUAAAGGAAGCAGGAAUGUUUGUCCCAACGCAGAGAACAGAAGGCAUCUCAACAUCAGACAUCAUCACUAGAAUUGUCCGUGAUUAUGAUGUUUAUGCCCGACGUAACCUCCAAAGGGGGUACACAGCCAAAGAGCUGAAUGUUAGUUUUAUAAAUGAGAAGAAGUACCGUUUCCAGAACCAAGUGGAUAAAAUGAAGGAGAAAGUCAAGAAUGUAGAAGAAAAAUCAAAGGAAUUUGUUUAUAAGGUAGAAGAAAAGAGCCAUGAUUUAAUUCAGAAGUGGGAAGAGAAGUCUCGAGAGUUUAUCGGGAACUUUCUAGAACUCUUUGGACCUGAUGGAGCUUGGAAACAGAUGUUCCAAGAACGCAGUGGACGGAUGCUCCAGGCACUAUCCCCGAGGCAGAGCCCGACCAGCAGCCCAACGAGGGGUCGGUCUCCUUCCCGUUCCCCCUCUCCCACUUUCCCAUGGCUCCCAAACAAAACCUCUCCGCCUUCUUCUCCCAAAGCAGCCUCAGCCUCCAUCAGCAGCAUGAGUGAGGGGGAUGAGGAUGAGAAGUAAUGCAAUGAUUAUUGGCGAACUGGCGAUCCAAGAACCGCAGGGAGGGAUGAGUGGACCUUGCACACAGAGGGAUAGGGAGGGUGGGGGGUCAAGAGUGACUGAAGGCAAGUGUCUGAAGCAAGCACCUUUGAGAUGGAAGGGUCAAGGUGAGACCUGGAACUCUUAACGGGAGGAGUCUCAGCAAUGGCUCUGGGCCCUCUUGUUUCUACACCAUCCUCAGGCACAUGCUCAGCAUGAAGUUUGCCAGUUGCAACUCAGGACUGACGGAACUGAACCAACGGUCACCAUCUGUAUUUUAUCACUAUUGUGGGAGACAGAGAGAACCAGGAAGAAUUUGCACUGAAUAGAGCUAUUUUCUGCUUCUGGGUUUUUUUGUUUGUUUUUUUGUUUUUUUGUGCUGACCCAAACUUAAUGAACAGCCUUCUAAGAAGAGCAGUGUUUCCCUUCACCCACCACUCUAGGCUAUGCUUGGAUUUCCUUGGGUGCCCUAAUAGACCCAAGAUUCACUAGAAUGAGGUGUUCCACCAUGAUGGCAAGAUCCUUCAGAGGGAUUCAAGGAAUAGGAAAAAGAAAAAAGUUCAAGUGAACUAGCUCAAAUAUUCACUAUCUUCAAGGAGACCCGACCUUGUAGAAGUGUCAACUCUCCAUUUUCCUGAAUAUGGCCCAUUUGAGAAGCCCCACUCUCCAAGCCAAACAACAAGGGUCAUCUAGCAUGAAGCUUUUUUCUUUCCCACCCCACCCUCCACAUCAGUUUUAUUAAGGGAUGUUCCCAAUAGGACCUAAAACCUCCUGUUGUAGUUUUUUUUUUUUUUCUUUCCACAAGCUUGGGAUGGAAUACUCUACCAGAAGCUACUUUCAGCUUGGUUCUUCUGGUUUGGAAAAUACAAAGGGGAACUUAAAAUAUUAAGCAAAAAAAGUGACUUUGAUCUGAUCAAAUCUGAUUUUCUUAGAUUCUGAAAAACUCCUGGAGUAAUUCCUUAAGGAAAGUCAUUAGUUCAUCUAUAAUGCCUUGUUCAAAGAGAGGCUGCCUUCCUCCCUAUCUAACUGAUCAGGUAUCCUGAUAGACCUCAAGAGAAAUUGUGCUCUCCUUGGGCACAGUGCACAAAUCAGGGUCUGGGGGCUUUAUAUGACCUGUUCUAUGUAUGCACCAUAUACAUCCUCUGGGUGUAUCCCAUAUGCAAUAUGAAUAUUGAGUUAUGUGUAUUUUAUAAGCUGUUCCUCUCCCGCUUUCUACCCUGCCCGUUAGACCUAGCUUGACUCCUUGGGACGAAAUCCUUCUUGGACUUCUUGAGUCCAGUUCUUCACUGGCAGAACUGGAAGGUCCUUUGCUAUUUUGAGGCAGAGAAAAUGGCUCUGUUCUUCAAAGAAAUGUCCUUAACAUUUUUGAGUGGAAGGAGCAAAGGACAGUUUUUCCGUGGCAAUGCUUUGGGACUUCAGUUGUGAUCUUAAUAUAGAUAAUUCAGGGGCUGGUGCACUGGAAGGGUUGAGAUGGGGAGUCAUUCUUUAUUCUCCUGUUCUAUCCUCUCCUUGGCAGUGGUCAUUUGUGGGGUACGUCUUCUGAAACAAUUCUCUGUGUCCUUUCUCCCACAUAGUGCUGUUAAGGAAGCUACUGCUUCCUAACGACUGAUGCCUGGGAAAACGUUUGGUAGAAAUGGGCUGAGCUUGCUAACUGCCUCUAUAAAAAGGGCUCAUUUAUAGAGGCUAAACUGGCACGUAGGGCAAUGUUCUGCACCAGCAAUUUUGUCCGGGCCCCUUAUGAUGGACCUGCAUUCAUGAGGGUCAAUCCUUCAAGACGCUGAAAAGGUGACAGGAUGCCCUCCCGGCUGCAACGGGGUUAAACUACCUCUCUGCCCUCCUGGAGAGAAGUGAGAUGGAAAACAAAAUUAUAACCCCCCCCCAAGUGGAAUCCUUAAAUCACAGAAGCCUGCUUAGUUGGCCUAGCACUGUGCCAGGUUGGCGGGCAUCGUACACUCACCCUGGCGAAGGAAUGGGCUUGGUGAAAAAUCCUCAUUUGUGGAUUUGGACAAAGAGAAAAUUAAAGGAGCCAAGGACUCCCCGUGCUCCCUUUCCCUCAUGUUCCACGGGGACUUUCACAACUAAGGCAAGGGGGCCAGUCCUAUCUGCUCUUUCAGCUUGUAUAAAGGCUCAGUCAGAGAAAAGGGGUAGAUAACAGCAAGAAAAGAAAAGGGAAAUGGGGAAAUGGAAAGAGAAGAAAAAAACUGUCUGGGGGAAGGAGCAUACACUUAGGGCCCCAAGGGCUAUGGGGUAGUUCCCUUUUUCAGAUAAGCUGCCUUACAAUGUGUUCUUUUUCCUAUUUUAGUACUAAAAUUUUGGUUUUAGACAUGAAAAAGUUUUAAUAUCUAACAACAUCCUGGGAGGGGUUCAAGAGAGAUUAUUUCUUGGUUCUGUUUUGAAGCAAAUGUGUUAUAACCACACCAUUGUGGCUAAAUGACCAUUGACAGAUGUGAUACAAGCUAUUUUUGCCACUUGUGGCAGCUACAUGGAAGGGGAUAACUGAAAGUAAGGGAGAGAAAUCAUUGUAUUUGGAGUCAGGCACGUGAAUCUCAGCCUCAUAACCUUCCUGAAUGACCUUGAACAAAUUAUUUAUUCCAUCAGGGUCUCAGUUUGCCUAUUAAGUAAAUGAUUUUUUAUCGUCCUUUCUGAUCCUAAAACUAUAAAGACCCUUUGAUUACCCACAUAUUGCCUUCUUCAUUCCAACACCCCUGGGGAUGGAAGGGUGCAGGCUCAGGAAGGAGGACUCCCCCCAUCUAAUCCUUUGGCUUAGCCAUCCCCCAGCUAACACAAGCCCUCAGGGCUGGUUUGCCCAGGACCACGGUUUUCUGAGUCAGGGUUUGCUUGGAGUGCCUGAUCUUAUCCUACCUUAGACAGAGUAAGGAAGAGCAAAGAAUGGGUGGCGUGAGUGAAAAAGAGGAAAUAAAAUAGAAAACAGCCUGGAAGAAGGAAGGGAGAAGUAGAAGGCCAGAAAAACCAGGGAAGAUGGAAGAAAUAAAGUGUUUCUUGGCCAUGCAGACUGAGGGGGGCAGAGGAAGGAUGAGCAUUAUAGAGUAAGGGUGCUUUGGGGUGCAGGAUAGGCUCAGAGCAAUGGGUAACAGGAGAUGGGGAUGGGGAAGGGAAGUAGAUAAAAAGCUAAAAGGUUCAAUAUAUCAUGGGCUAUUAAAUGUGGAGGACUUAAGUGCUUAUGGAAAAAAUAAAGCAGGCAAGAAUAUAGUGGAUUUUUUAAUGUUGAGUGUGUGUGUGUGUGUGUGUGUGUGUGCGCGUGUGCGUGUGCGUGUGUGCCAGUCAAUUAAUUUCUAGAUUUUCCUAAUCUAAGAAAUGUUAGCUUAGUUGCUAUUUAGAGGAAGACAGAGUUACAUUGGGGAGAAUCAUUACAGCACACAUCCUUUGCAGUCUCACAAAGCAAGCACUCUUCCACCAGCUAAUGGCCAUCAUCCUCUUCGCUUUUCAUGGUUCCUUCCUUGUCAGCUGAGGAACUGAUGGGGGGUAGCCUUGACUGCCUUCAGCUUUCACUCAACACAGAAAUAUCAGGACUCAUGAGUCAGAGGCAAACUAAUUUCUUGAAUGAAAAGAAUAGGCAUGUUGUGCUUGUUUGCUUGAUGGCUACUCUCUGUAAAACACAGACAGUAGUUAUUAUUCAAUCUUUGUCUAUGCCUUAGGUGAAUAGUUACUGUAACUCCAUCCUUUGGGGGAGGGAUGGGUCAAACACCUGGACAACUUCCUCUACAUUUCUAUUUUCAGAUGAAUUUCAUGAGUCCAGAUAUAAUCAGUUAGGAUGGCUGUGUUUCCUUAGCAUCAGUUCAAUAUUGGUUUUAGUUUGAGAAACAAUGACAUUGGGUCCUUUAAAGAAAAAACAAACUUGGGUCAUUUGAUACUCAUGCCAUUCUAUAGACUUGAGGUUUUCAAGUCACUGUGAUCUACGUAGGGACAAAGCCAUAGGGAGUACGUACACAUAUACAUGCAUAACCUCCCCCCCCGCCCCGUGCACACACAGCUAUAUAAAUAUACACUCAUUUAAAUAAAAAACAUGCCAUACUUGAGAUCUGGUCUGGAUUGACAGCCUCCUAAAGCCCGAGCAUCUGUCCUGGUGCUGUAUACUUGACACCAAUGGAAUUGAAUUCUUCUGUACUCCUGCUCCCUAAUGGAAUACAAAAUCUCCAGAUAAUUUAUAAACAAAUGAAUGCAGAAUUGCACAUUUGGAGCUGUCAUUUUUCUUAAAAGUGUGCUUCUGUGUGUUCAGGCUUAGAGGCCCCAGCUCAAAAAUGAUUAAAAUAAAUGAAUUACAAUUGCUGGUA